AUGUCUGAAAUAGUUCAAAAUGAUUCAUUGGGCACUAGGAAAAAGCUUAAAUUAUUAUUACAAGAAAUGGAUAUAAUUUGUCGUGAAUUAGUUUAUCAGUUACAUAAUCCAAUCGUCUCAUCUACGUCGUCAGCGUCAUCAUCUGCUCCACAUCAGUUAGAUUCGCAAACAUUAAUGGACUUGUUUAUUGAACGACAAGAACUAUUAUUAAAACAAAUUGUCAUCGUUAAACAUCAACAAGAAAUUGAGCGUCAAAUACAACAGAAACGAGAGCAAAUACAAAAAUGCGAGCGUGCAUUACGCUGCCUUCAAACAUAUUUGAUACAAGCUGUUCAAGUAUUGAGUUCAGCUGUUUAUCAAGCUAAGCAAAAACUACAAAAUAUACGUAGAGCAAAAGUAUUCUCUUCUGAAGAUAUCAUACGCUAUGCUUAUCAAUUGGCAAGUGUUUAUGCCACAACGGCACCCGAUAAUUGGCAACAAGGUGACACGCGUCGACCAUAUCCAACCGACAUUGAAAUGAGAAAAGGAAUUCUAGGACGUUUAAGUGAACAAACACUUCAACAACAGCAGCAGCAAGCCUUGUCGGUAACAGCAGCGAAUAUCGGGCCGUCCUCAUCUUAUGCAACAGGCAGUGGGUCAACGAUAACCAUAGGAGGGCCUUCCUCAUCAACCACAGCGCCAUUAAGGCAAAUGAAACACGAAUCAUUUUCAUUUGCAUCAGACAUAUUUAAUGGCAUAACGUACGAUGAUGUCAAAUCAACUUUGUCUGAAUCAGACUCCUCAUCGUCGGAUAAUGAAUCGGACGAUGACCAAAAAUUUUCUCUAGCGACAGCAGUGAAUCUCAAACAAGAAUAUGAUCACGAAUAA